GGAUCAGUUAUUGGAAUAAGAGCGUUGGCGGAUAUUCAAAUUUGACGCUACAACUCAAUUGAUGGGCGAAUAUGUAUAUAAAAAAGGUUAUUAUUCAAGGCUUUCGCAGUUAUAGAGACCAGACCUGUCCUGAGGAGUUUAGUCCACAUCACAACAUAAUAGUCGGCCGUAAUGGUUCGGGGAAGUCUAAUUUCUUUCAAGCAAUACAGUUUGUGCUCUCUGACGAGUAUAGUCACCUCAGUAAUCAGGAGAGACAAAAUCUGCUUCACGAAGGCACAGGUCCACGAGUCAUAUCUGCCUACGUGGAAAUGAUUUUCGACAACUCAGACAAUCGAAUUCCUUUUGAUAAAAAUGAAGUCUCUUUGCGGAGGAUUAUUGGCAGCAAGAAAGAUCAGUAUUUUCUUGACAAGAAGAUGGUCACGUAGGUUUAGUAGCAUGUAAUGACUUCGUCCAGGAAAGCUGAUGUAAUGAACAUGCUGGAGAGCGCUGGAUUUUCUCGUAGUAAUCCAUACUAUAUUGUUAAACAAGGAAAGAUCACUCAGCUGGCUACUGCACCUGAUCACCAAAGAUUGAAAUUACUAAGGGAAGUUGCCGGAACCAGGGUUUACGAUGAGCGAAAGGAAGAAAGUAAACAAAUAUUCAAAGAGUCAGAAGCUAAACGAGAGCAAAUAUCUGAACUUUUAAACAGUAUUGAGGAUCGUUUACGGACUCUUGAGAAUGAAACAAAAGAAUUGAAAGAAUAUCAACACUGGGACAGAGACAGACGUGCCUUAGAAUUUACGAUAUAUGAUAGAGAGUUGAAGGAAACGCGAAAGAAGCUAGAAGAACUACAGACUCGUCGAGAGCAAAGCAGUGAAAGUACCGCAGAAAUACGACGUGCUGCCAAAGAUUGUGCAGAUGCAAUAGAGAAACUAGAACGAGAUUUGAGGGAUAAUCGUUUGAAGGAAGCCCAAAUGCAAGAUGAAGUAGAGCAGGUUCAAGCAUCUGUGAGUGAUGUUCUGCAGCGUCGCGAACAACUUCAACUUACUAUAGCUGAUUACUCAGCAACUCUUCGAGGUGGUAAGUCUGCUCGUGAACGGGCUUCUGAAGAGCUGAAUCGUGUGAGAGAACAAAUUAGCUUGGUUGAACGUCGAUUGGCUGAAUUAAGACCUCAGUAUAAAAAGGCUAAACAAUAUGAAGAUGAAUUGGCCAAUGCACUUAGUGAUGCUGAGCAUCGUAGGAAGGAAUUAUUCGCCAAGCAAGGACGAGUCAAUCAAUUUCAAUCGCGUAGUCAACGUGAUGAAUGGAUUAAGGAUCAGAUGAAAAGUUUAGCCAAGGCUAUAAAAGACAAAGAGAACACAAUCAAUAAGUUGAAUGAUGAAAUUAAACGAGAUGAUGACAGGCGUGAAAAACUACAACAAGAUCUAAACGUAGCUGAAGAAAACAUGACUUGUGUUAGAAAAGAAUUAGAAACGGUUUCUGAGGAACAACGUAGACUACGACGUGAAAAAGAUGAGAUUCAAACAGACAGACAGACUGUUUAUCGAGAAGAGACUAGAAUAGCUCACGAACUGAAUAAUUUACGUGAUGAAUUGGCUCGAACUGAACAUAAUUUAAGAUCUAUUACUGGGAAAGGCAUUUUAAACGGUCUAGAUUCUGUUCGUAAAGUGGUUGAGAUAUUUCGUGAUCGCUAUGGUCCAGAUUGUGAUAUAGUACAAGGUUAUCAUGGGACGUUAAUAGAAUUAAUUGAUUGUCCAGAAACAUUCUACACUAGUGUAGAAGUAACAGCUGGUUCACGUCUAUUUUAUCAUGUAGUACAGAAUGACAAAUUAGUUAUCCGUAUGAUUGCAGAAAUAAAUAAACACAAUCUUCCUGGAGAAGUUAACUUCCUUCCAAUUAAUCGAUUGUGUGUACAGGAGUGUUCAUAUCCAGAGACAAAUGAUGCAAUUCCAAUGAUUUCUCGUUUGAAUUUCGAUCCUAAAUUUCGUGGUGUCAUGUUGCAUAUUUUCGGUAAGACACUGAUUUGUCGUAGUAUUGAAAUCGCAACUCAGUUGGCUCGGACGAAAAACUUUGACUGUAUCACGCUUGAUGGUGAUCAAGUAUCACGUAAAGGUACACUUACUGGAGGAUAUUAUGAUAGUCGAUUGUCACGAUUAGAAUUACAGAAACGUAAACAGAAGACAGAAAUUGAAAUUCAAGAAACUGAAAACGUUCGUGAAAAUAAUGCUAAACGUAAAGAACAAGUGGAUGCACAAAUUAAUCGUAUUAUAGAUGAUGUACAACGUAAGGAUACAGUACGAUCAAAACAUGAAAUGACAUUUGAUAAAUUAAAAAAGGAUAUUCAUAUGUGGAAAGAAGAAUUACGCGCAAAACAAGAAACUAAACCACAGAAAGAAUACAAAUUAUCUUCUUUAUGCCAUGAUUUGGAUCAAAUGAAGUAUACAAUGGAAUCAUACAAGGUUGAAUUAGGAACCGAUUUAUUAAGUCAAUUAUCUGUUCAAGAGCAACGUGAAGUUGAUCGUUUAAAUGAUAAAAUUCAGGAACUAACUAAAGAGGCUAAAGAAGCUUACAAGAAACGAAUUACGUUGGAAACUGAGAAAAAUGAGAAAGAAACUCAGUUGGAACAUAACCUGCUAAGAAAACAAGAACAAUUGGAAUCUGAAGUUGCUGAAGCUUCUGAACAAGAUUUACAGGAUCGUUUAGCCGAAGCUGAAGAAGAACUACGUGAAGUUGAACGUCGUAUUGAAGAUGCACAGCGUACAGUAGAUGAAGUUGAAGCUCGUCUAUCAGCUUUAUUGCAUGAACAACGUCAACUAGAAUCAGAAAUGGAGCGUAAAAAGCAAGAAGAGAAAGAAUACGCUGAACGUAUACAAGAUGAUCAACAGAAUUUAGAGAAGAUGCAAUCUAAACAAAGUCAACUGCUGAAAAAGAAAGAAGAGAAUAUGAAGAAGAUACGCGAUCUGGGAUCACUACCUGCAAAUACCUUUGAUAAGUUUCAAGACAAAAAUAUGAAACAGCUCUUCAAACUUCUUGAUAAAGCCAAUCGUGAAUUGAAACGUUACAGCCAUGUAAACAAAAAAGCUCUCGACCAAUUUGUAUCGCAUUCAGAGGAGAAAGAAAAACUACUCAAACGAAAAGAAGAAUUAGAUAAAGGAUGCCAAGCAAUUAAAGAUUUGAUGAAUGCACUAGAUCAUCAGAAGUAUGAAGCUAUUCAACUAACAUUUAAACAGGUGUCGAAGAAUUUUCAGGAUAUUUUUAAACGCCUUGUUCCUGAAGGUCGUGCAGAAUUAGUCAUGAAAAAAGGAGUUCGUCAAGAAGGUGAGGGGAGCAGUGAUGAAGACGAAGGUGCUGGUGGUGUUCCCAGUGUUAUUCCUGACGUGGAACGAUUUAUUGGCGUGGGUAUACGCGUUAGUUUCACUGGAGAUUCCGCUGAUAUGCGUGAUAUGAAUCAAUUGUCCGGUGGACAGAAAUCACUAGUUGCACUAACCUUAAUUUUCGCAAUUCAAAAGUGUGAUCCAGCACCGUUUUACUUGUUUGAUGAAAUUGAUGCUGCUUUAGAUGCACAAUACCGGAAAGCUGUGGCUGAUAUGAUUAGAGAUCUGAAAUCUGAAGCUCAAUUCAUCACCACCACAUUUCGUCCGGAGUUGUUAGAAUCAGCUGAGAAGUUUUACGGUGUCAAAUUUCGUAACAAGGUCAGCCAUAUCGAAUGCGUAACUAAGGCGGAAGCACUUGAUUUUGUGGAAGACGAUCAAACACAUGGAUAAUGUUAAUAAGAAGAUUAGUUACAAUCAUAAUAAUGGUAAUAAUAGUAAACUGUUUUAGUUGUACACAGAUUUUCUUUGUCCCUUAUGUAAACAAAUUCACAUUUUGAAAAUUUAUCUCUAAGAUCAACCAUUUGUAAUAUUGUUGAAGCAAUUUUCGAAAAAUUCUUUUGAAUAAACAUUUUUCGUGUUACAUUUACAAGUGCAUUUAAAAAGUUCUUGCUUUCCUCACCCUGUGCAACAGCCGACUACCAGAUAGGUGUGUGCAUUUCAUUCUUAUUCUAUUCAUCACUUUUAAUCCACACUUGUUUGAUAUCAUUUUUUUAUUGUGUUUAUUAGUACUUUUUAUAUUAUUUUUAUAUCCUACUAUUUGUAAUAAUAAUAAUAAUAAUUUAAUAAUUAUGAGAAUAUUGGAA